AUGACACACACCACACGAGCCUGGGCAGCCGCUCUUACCCACCUCCACGCUCCACACCUCCAUACCCAAUGGCUCACGGCGCACUUGGCCACCCUCCGCCGCCACUGGCACUCCACAUGCACUACUAACGUGGACCACAUACGCAUCGCAGGGGAACUACCCCUCCUCACCGAGGUCAACAACAACAUCCGGCUAAAAAUGCCGCUACCCCCAUGGGCCACGACCGACGCAUCCGCGCCCACAGGGCCCACCUCACAGCCAAGAUGCUCCGCUGGCAUUCCCGAAGUAUCUCCUUACUACCACCCGCCCUCCCCCCUCCCGCAGGCUACGCCGACACUUCAAUUCGGCCACUACGCCUUCCCCCGGACCCCGGGAUCCCUCCUCCAGCGGCUUAAGCAUCCUUUUUCCCCUGGAGUGGCCACAACUAGGUUUUCAAGUAGUUAA